AUGUCUAGUCAGCGUCUUGUCUUAGGCCUCCUGCGAGUCUUGCCGUCGAUGCCGCUUUCACUUGCACCACCUUGCGGUCCCUGCGUCGAGGGUCGGCUGCGCGCCACCCCUCACUCCUCCUCCCUUCGUCUGGCCACCGAGCCCAUUGAGACUCUCCACUUGGACAUCUGGGGCCUCGCUCCUCGCCCUGGCCCUGAGCGAGAGAGUUUCUUUCUGGUGGUCGUUGACGACUACUCUCGCUACACCAUAGUGUUCCUCUUGGAGAAGAAGUCUGAGGUGACUUCUACGCUGAUCCGGUGGUUACUUACCACUACGGACACUCGUGGUCGUCGUGUCAGCUGUCUUCACUCCAACCAUGGGGGUGAGUUUUUCUCCGGCAUUCUCGCUGGAUUCUGUCACGAGCAAGGCAUCCAUCAGUCCUCGACGCUUCCAGAGUCCCCACAGCAGAAUGGGGUUGCUGAGCACCGCAUAGGCCUGGUCAUGGAGAUUGCACGCACCUCCAUGAUUCACGCCCGUGCGCCCCAUUUUCUGUGGCCCUAUGCGGUUCAGUUCUUUGACUCCCGCGACGUUCAUUUUGUCGAGUCCGUCCCCUACUUCACCCGGCCCGCCAGGUGUGUCACACGCUACCCCCCCCCGCCCUCGGUCGCCCCUCAGGUACCGUCCCCUUCCCCACAGUCCUCAUCCUAG